CCGUUUGCGGGGAUUACAUCAAUGCUUUUAGUACGGUCCCCGGUGCGUUUCCUCGGGGUGCUGGUGGUGUAGUCGUGCAACGUUGUCUGGGGGGCCUGGGACACGCACAGGAACCGCUCCACUUCCUGGGGCCGCAUGCCUUAUCGGCUUGGAGGAGCCAAUGCAAUGCCGACGCCGAGAGCAUGGCCCCGGAGGCCGGCGCCCCCGCGCCGCCGCUGCUUCUGCCCUCGGCUGCCCAUACGCCUGCUAGGACCCCGCGACGACGACCACUCGGCGCCCAUGUGACGGCCACCCCCGUUGGCACAGGACGCGAGCGGCGCGUCACUCCCGGCCGACGACCAUGUGCGUCCGCUGGGUGCUCCCGGACUAGCGCAGCGGCCCACCUCUUCAGCAACGAGCCGGCCUGAGCGGACGAUCUCCUCGGCCGGCGGACACUGCCAACCAUGUCGGCGGGCGGUGAAGCCACCCUGUUUCCCAUGACCUUGACAGGCUUUCUGCCCUUCUCGUCGCACCGAGUCCUGUGGUCGCUAACCUUACUGCUCUCGUGUAUCGUGCCCGUGGCUGUGCACAUCGCGCGGCGUCGACGCAUCGCCGAGCUCAUUUCAAAGAUUCCGGGGCCCACGGCAGCGCACCCAAUCCUCGGCAACUUGGACGUGCUGUACGAGCUCAAAAAGUACAGGCACCUUCUUGCGCCGCAUAUACUGCUGCUGCAGACCAUGUGCGGGUUAGCGCAAAUACACGACAAAGACAGAAUCUUCAGGUUCUGGCUGGGGUUCAGGCCUGUGGUAUCUUUCUUCAAAGCAGAAACAGUAGAGGUCAUUUUAAGUAGUAAUACCGUUUUAGAUAAAUCUUUUGACUACACAUUAUUACACCCCUGGUUGGGCACAGGUUUAUUAACAAGUUCAGGCAACAAAUGGCGGCGGAGAAGAAAGAUGCUAACGCCGGCCUUCCAUUUUCGGAUACUGGAGGACUUCAUUCCAGUAUUCAAUGAGCAGGCCGUGAUAUUCGUGAAAAACCUCAAGGAGCAGCAGAACAAAAAGUACAUCGACAUUGUUCCUCUGGUCACACUCUGCACGCUCGACAUCAUCUGCGAGACCGCAAUGGGAGUGAAGGUUGAUGCUCAAUUAAACAGUAAUUCUCACUACGUUCGCUCCUUGUACGAAGUGGGCGAGACCUUCAUGGCGAGAGUGAUGAGGCCAUGGCUAUGGCCAAACUACGUCUUCUACAUGUCCUCGUUCGGGAGGAAGUUCAAAGACAACCUUGCGCAGCUGCACAACUUCACAAGGAAGGUGAUACGCGAAAGAAAGGCUGAGUUGCUUGAACAGAAGGUCAUUGACGGCCUUACCAUCGGAGAACCAGUGAUCGGACAAAAACGGCGGCAGGCCUUCCUGGACCUCCUGCUCAGCCAUCACAUUCAGGAUAGCAGCCUCACAGAAGAGGAUAUCCGGGAAGAAGUAGACACCUUCAUGUUUGAGGGCCACGACACCACGGCCAUGGGUAUCUCGUGGGCAAUGUACCUUAUUGGGCUCUACACGGACGUUCAGCAGAAGAUUCACGAGGAGCUGGAUGCAAUCUUCGGAGAGGAUAGAGAACGUGCCAUCACACCUGACGACCUCAAAGAAAUGAAGUACCUCGAGUGUGCUCUGAAGGAAUCACAGCGACUAUUUCCAUCAGUGCCAUUCAUUGGACGAGAACUAAUGGAAGACGUGGUAGUGAACGGCUACACGGUCCCCCGGGGCACGACGUGUUUCCUCUUCACAUUCAUGCUCCAUCGAGACAAGGAGAUAUUUCCCAACCCAGAGGUGUUCGACCCAGACAGGUUCCGGCCCGAGAACUGUGUUGGAAGGCAUCCAUUCGCCUAUGUACCGUUCUCGGCCGGACCGCGCAACUGCAUAGGUCAGAAGUUCGCCCUCAUGGAGGAGAAGGUGGUCUUGUGUUCUGUACUGCGGAACUUUUGCAUCCAGUCCGUUGACUUCAGGGAUAAAAUUCACCUUGUGGCGGAACUGGUGACGCGGUCAAAACAUGGCCUGAAAAUUCGGUUAAGGCCGCGCUAAGAAGUGCGUAUUUUUUCUCGCUGUGCAACGCAACGACCUCCUGGGCGGAACUCGAAAAAGCAGACCUCCAUCGCAUCGAGUCACGGAAUGGCGAAGGCAGUGUCCGUGCUUUCUUCGAAGCGCCCCCCAAGUAAGGCAGCCAGCAUGCAGAGCUUUCGGAUCACCGGGGAACGUGUGAUAGCCACGGUAAAGACAGCACUGGCCCAAAGUCCUGGACGGCCCUUCCCCAGUCGCAUCGGAGCUCCGGAGAAAACAAGCACCACACCUCCGUGCCUGGUUUCAUUUUUUUUAUUCGGGUGACUGACCCAUGUUUGGAUGGCCACCAAGUGAUCGCGACUGUGCCGGGUGUGACGCAGAAAACCUGAACCAAGAUUUGCCUGCGCCUCUUGCCUGGAACUCGUUCCCCCUUGUAAAUAUGUUCACCCGCCCUCUCUCGGACUGACUGCCUCGCCAACCCUCCAUCGGCACGGAGCCGGUGUCUCACUCCUUGAAGCCACAAAAUUAUUUUACGCAGUCUGUGUGCGUGUACGUAAACUAACCCUCGAAACUAGGAUCAGUCCCGGUGUGUAUGCGAAGUAGGGAGUGCAUGUGCGUGCGAAUGUGUGUGGAUACCUGCACCGCGAGACCUCAAGAACCAGCGUCUCUGGUGGGGAGUGCCUCCUUCGAUUUCCUUGUGGGUGGCUCGCGAUACAGGCAGCGUCACCCGGAUUCCUCAUGUAUCUAAACGAAAGCAAACAAAAAAAGACAUCGCUCUCUGGUGCGCGUAGUGCUAAGUGACACCGCACGUCUUCCAACUUGGACACAAAGGCAGCAUUUGAUCAGCCAAGAUUUCUCGUCAGAUGAGUUCUCUCUCCACAGUGUGCCAACACAUCGACUCGGCUCUUUUGAGGAUCAGCAUCUCUCCCUCAAAGCAACUUCACAAAAGAAAAAAGAAAACGUGCACACCUUGCCUGUUUAACACCAAUAACCACACUUCAGCGUUUGAGGAGAAACGACUUACGCGUUGCACCUUUGUCUAUAUACUAGUCCACUUUUGUUAAUGAAAUAUUUUCUUUUUGUUGAUUU